AAUGGGAUAGUAAAAAAUCAACAAAUUGUACCAUUUACUACGCAGCCCACCGCUAUAAAUGAAAGCAUCGAGACAAACAUUUUCCCACCUAAGAAACACCUUACCCUUAUGUCCUGGAUUAAGAUUGGACUGCUUGUGCUUGGCGCGUACGUCUAUUCGGCAGCAAGUCAAGAGAGACGUUGCCGCUGCUUGUCCACUGACCCAUGCUGGCCGUCCCUGGACACCUGGAAUCAGUUGGACGCCUCUCUGACAGGUGGACUGGUGCCUGUGUAUCCUCCUGCCAAGCCUUGCCAUGGCGAUAACAUUAAUCAAACGGAAUGCCAAAUUGUUCAUGACCGGUGGUUUGACGGCUACUGGCGAAGUGACCAGCCGGGAGCUUUGAUCUCCAUGAAUUUUGAAAUCCUGCCUAAUGAGACUUGGGGAUGCCAGCUCAAUGUCAGUUCGUCUUGGCCUUGUUCUCAAGGCAACUUGCCAACGUUUGCAGCCAAUGUAUCCAAUGUGGCUGACGUGCAAAAGGCUGUCCAAUUUGCUUCUGAGCAUAAUUUACGGCUGGUGAUUAAAAAUUCUGGUCACGACUACAUUGGUCGAAGUACGGCUGCUGAUGCCUUCAGUAUCUGGACUCGCCAUCUUAAUGACAUAACUCUGCAUGAUGCCUUUGUGCCAAAUAACACCAAUGCCGCCCCUACCACUGCUGUUACUGUUCAAACAGGCGUUCGGCUGAUCGACCUGUAUGAAGCCACCGCGCAUAAAGAUUUGGUUGUCGUGGCUGGCGCUGCUAUCACCGUUGCUGCUGGUGGUGGUUAUAUUGGAGGAGGUGGUCAUUCUCCUAUUUCACCGAUCUAUGGUCUAGCCGUUGAUAAUGCCUUGCAAUUCACUGUUGUGCUUGCUAACGGGGAAGUGGUCAUUGCCAACGAUGCUAUGAACCCAGACCUUUUCUGGGCACUGCGAGGUGGAGGAGCAGGUACGUGGGGGGUGGUGAUUGAUGUGACACUACGCACCUUCCCUGCUCCAAACGUCAUGUCUAGCGUCCUAUUCAUUGCUGCCCACAAUGAUACCAAGUCGUUCACGUCGGUCAUGACCAAGUUCAUUGAACUUCAACCUCAAAUGUCAAAAGAUAACUUUACUGGCUACUGGUAUGGGUUUAACAAAACUCUUGCCUUUUUAUACAUUGGUUAUGACCUCAACAAGACGGAAGCCACUACCCGCAUGACUCCAUUCUUGAACUUCACCGCUUCCGUGUCUGGACCGCCUCCACAAUACAUAGUGACGGAAUUCCCCAGCUGGGCGGCGUUUUUGGAAACAACUUGGUGUCCUGGCGGGACAUGUCCUUCAGAGGGUGGCCAAACUGCUCUCCUGGCAUCUCGCUUGAUUCCCCUCGAUUCUUUUGAUCAACCCGAUGCGCUUGGUUCAUUGCUUGUGGACAUAAGUAGUGACCUCGACGUCACUGGCGAUACCAUGCUUGGGCACCUUGUGGCGGGCGGAGAAGUCGUCAGAAAGGACCCAGAUAGCGUGGGUGUAAACCCUGCUUGGCGCAAAGCCCUCUGGCAUGUUGUACUCACUGGUGCACAGUUUGAAUUCAAUGCCACAGCCGCUCAACGAAAGAAAGCCGGCGACCGUGUCACAAAAUUGAACAGCAAGCUGAUUGAUUUCACACCUGGUUCGGGAGCGUAUCUCAAUGAAGCGGAUAUCCAAGAACCCAACUGGCAACAAUCGUUCUUUGGAUCGCAUUAUGAUCGCUUGAAGCAGAUAAAGAACAAGGUGGAUCCACACCACCUGUUUAUUUGUCACCAUUGUGUUGGCAGCGAAGACUGGGAUGCCUCAUUGAAUUGUCCGGCAAAGUGAAACCAUGUUUUCAGAGUAAUUUGGAAGCUCUGAGAUGUGAGAGGUUGCUGCCACGCGUGGUGUACCUUAUUUGUGAACACGCAACGACGCAUUACUAGGAUAACGUUUUUUUUUAUCAAGUCAAUAAAUUUUUUUCAUAUUAUAAUAAAAUUCUCAUAGGUCACCAUGUUUGUCACAUCAUACAUUCGUCCGGUUAUGCUAAUGGCAUAUGUUUUUGUACGUCAACUCUGGCUUUUAUAGCCAUGGUAUCCAUGUCUAGCCCCCCAAGCGGGGCGCCCCUGCCUCAGGACACUAUCAAUGAUGAAGGUGCUAAGGUGCCUUUG